AUCCUUUUCAAUGGUGCAGCUCUCCCAAGCCCCUUUUCUUCGCCCAUCAUCGCCUUCAGGCCAGUCAGAGGAGGGGGAGGACAGGAGCAUGAAGACAGCCAAGCAGCAGGUGAACCCCUCAGGGGACAGCCAGCCUCCCUCCAGCCCCCUGCUGACUGCGCUGAACUCGGCAGCUUCUCCUUCCCAGGCGUAUGAGACUUACAUUGAUAAUGGGCUUAUCUGCCUCAAACACAAGAUCAGGAACAUUGAGAAAAAGAAGCUCAAGCUAGAAGACUACAAAGAUCGCCUGAAGAAGGGAGAAGCCCUCAAUCAAGACCAGUUGGAGGCAGUAGAGAAAUAUGAUGAAGUAGUACACAACUUGGAAUUUGCCAAGGAGCUUCAGAAGACUUUUUCAGGACUUGGCCAAGAUCUGCUGAAAGCACAGAGGAAGGCUCAGCGCAGAGAGAGUCUAUUGAAGCUUGAAGCAGAGAAGAAAAAACUGCGUACAAUACUUCAAGUCCAAUAUGUGCUGCAGAACUUCACUCAAGAGCAUGUUCAGAAAGAUUUCAAAAGUGGUGUGAAUGGUGCAAUAUAUUUGCCUUCUAAAGAACUAGACUACCUCAUAAGAUUUGCAAAACUGACAUGUCCUGAAAGAAACGAGAACUUGAGUGUUGAAGACCAGAUGGAACAAUCAUCUCUCUACUUCUGGGACCUUCUAGAAGGAAGUGAGAAACCUGUGGUUGGAACAACAUAUAAACACUUGAAGGACCUGUUAACCAAACUUCUAGACUCUGGCUACUUUGAAAGUAUUCCAACUCCUCGUGCCACUAUGCCAGUGAAAGAAUUGGAAGAAGUAAAUAGAAAAUCUGAGAGAACAAGACAGAUGUCAAAAGGAGAAUCUAUCAAAGAAUCAGAAUCCAUUAUGGAGUUCAUGAAGUCUGAAAUACAGCCACAGGAGUUUCUCAACAGGCGUUAUUUGCCUGAAGCAGAAUACUCUCUCAAGAAGAAGCCAGAAGAGCCCAAAUCUUGGGAAGCUGAGUGUGCUAGAAAGCAAGAACCUCCGAAGUCCUGGGAAAUGCUUGUUAAUAUUGAAGAACAGAAGCAGAAACAAGAGACCUUAAAGCCUUGGGAAGUUCGUGUAAGGCAGCAAGAAUCAAGAAGACCAGAUUCUCCAAAGCCUUGGGAAGCUCGUGUUAAAGAGGAAGAAAGGAAGCAUGAGUCUACAAAGUCCUGGGAGACCCGUGUUGAGGAGGAAGAACAGAAGCAGCAAGAAGCUCCAAAGCCCUGGGUAGCACGUGUCCGAGAGGAGCGGGAGUCCCCCAAACCUUGGGUAGCAAAGGUUAGGGAAGAGCAGGACCAGAAGAAACAGGAAUUGCCUAAGCUAUGGGUAGCAAAAGUUAGGGAAGAGCAGGAACAGAAAAAGCAGGAGCCCCUAAAACCUUGGGUAACCAAAGUUAAGGAAGAACCAGAACAAAAGCAGGAAUCUCCAAAGCCUUGGGUAACCCAAACUAGGGAGCAACCAGAACAAAAGAAGCCAGAGUCUGUGAAACCAUGGGAAACGCCUGUUAGGGAAGAGCAGCAGCAAGUGCCGUCACAGCAGUUACAGAACCCUCCGAAGUCCUGGGGAGCUGCAAGUGUUGGGCCAAAGGAGCAGAUGGGGCCAAAGAAGUUUGAUAUGGAACCCAAAGAAGUGCCUAAACCUGUACAGCCAGCUGCAGAAUUUUGCUCUACUUCAACUCUUCCAAAAGAUCCAGUAUUAAGAAGGGAAAAACUUCAGGAUCUGAUGACUCAGAUACAAGGGACUUACAACUUCAUGCAAGAGUCCGUUCUGGAGUUUGAUAAAGCUUCACCAAGUGCCAUUGGUUCAUCCCAACCACCUUCAGUUACUCCAGCAAGUAGUCCUGUAGCUUCAAAAGAGCAGAAACUGCCAAGUCAGAGUGAUUUUCUUCAAAAGCCCCUUCAAGCUGCUGCUCCAUCCAUGACACUGCAUGGUUCAAAUACUUCCCUAGCAUCUGCUGAUCAGACUCUUUCUGGCUCUGAAAUUGAUGACCUGGUGACACCACAGGCACCGCAGGCAACAGCAUCACUUUCUCAAGAGACUGAGAAAUAUACUUCUCAGCCUUUGUAUCAGACAAGUUCAUGUAUUUCUGAGCCACUGAUACCUAAAAAGAUUGAAAUUGCACAGGCAACUAUUCCCCUCCCAAGUGAGCCACAGUCACCAUUGCCUACUUCAAGCACCUCCAUGCCACCAGUACCACCAGCGCAAACCUUUCAGACUACUCCAGCAAGUACCAGUUCUGUCACAAUAACAGCAGCUCCCUUUCAGGCUAUGCAGACUGUAUUUAAAGUGAAUGCACCACUGCCUCCACGUAAAGACCAGGAUAUUAAAGAGGAUUCUUCAUAUUCGGCAGGAUAUAACCAGACUUUCUCUACAGCAAGUACACAGACUCCACCUCAAUGUCAGCUUCAGUCUUCUCAUGUUGCAGAACAAACCUCACUUUCACAAGAGUCUCUGCCUUCAGUGAAUUAUCAACCUGAUGGAGCUGUUCCUGUUAGCAAUGGUAGCCUUGCCUUUUAUCCAGCACACACUACUGUUAUUCCCAGACCCCCUCAGCCUUACAUUAACAGUCGUGGAUCUGUCAGAGGAUCUGCUAGAGGUGGAAGGUCACUGGGUAAUACAUAUCGCUCCCCUGGUGGGUACAAAGGCUUUGAUACUUACAGAGGCGCACCUUCAAUAGCUAAUGGCAACUAUGGUCAGCUGCAGUUCCCUGGUAGAGAUUAUGCUGGAAUGCCAUAUACUCAGAGGGAUGUUAAUUACCAGCACUGCUAUAAACGAGGUGGGAUAACUGGUCCUCGAGCAAAUUCAAGAGCAGGGUGGAGUGAUUCCUCUCAGGUGAGCAGUCCAGAACGAGACAAUGAAACCUUUAACAGUGGAGACUCUGGGCAGGGAGACUCCCGCAGCAUCACCCCUGUGGAUGUGCCAGUGACAAGCCAAGCUGCCACCAUACUACCAGUGCACGUCUACCCGCUCCCGCAGCAGAUGAGAGUUGCCUUCUCUGCCGCUAGAACAUCUAACUUGGCCCCUGGAACUCUAGACCAGCCAAUUGUGUUUGAUCUGUUGCUGAACAACCUUGGAGAGACUUUUGAUAUCCAGCUUGGUAGGUUCAACUGUCCAGUGAAUGGUACAUAUGUCUUCAUCUUCCACAUGCUGAAACUGGCUGUGAAUGUUCCCCUGUAUGUGAAUCUCAUGAAGAAUGAAGAGGUCCUAGUGUCAGCAUAUGCAAACGAUGGGGCUCCUGAUCAUGAAACAGCCAGUAAUCAUGCAGUCCUGCAGCUGUUCCAGGGAGAUCAGAUCUGGUUGCGUCUGCAUCGGGGAGCCAUCUAUGGAAGUAGCUGGAAAUACUCCACUUUUUCGGGAUACCUCCUUUAUCAGGACUAAAGUCCAGUGUGAUGUUUACAAAAGAGCUGCUCCAAACACCUUGGUGGAGGGGGGUGGGAAUAGCUUUGCACUUACUACUGACUUUAUAGAAGAUACAUGGUUCCAUUAUUGGGGGAAAUGAUGGUCCUGUUGCGCAAGGUGAAAUCAUGGAGUUGGGGUACUGAAUCAGCACUAAUUUGGCACUUUAUCAGUUGUGAUGUAGCCUUGCUAGUAAAGCUGUGAAUGUAUAUUGUUUGCACUUACCCUAAACUGUAUUAAUGUCCAGCUUACUACACUAUUGAUUGCCUCAAGUAUGGGCUAUUCACAAUGCCUUGUUGUGCCUCAAUAAAACAAGUUAAUAUGCAUUUUAG